AUGAGACCACCGCUCGGCUACAUCCCACGUCUGUACGCGCCUCUCCGACUCUCAACCCGCCAAUCAUUCGGACCGUCACCCGCGCUGACCGCCGCCGCCACCGCGACAAGGUCGACGAGGAGGUUGACGUUCAAAAGCAGGAUGAGCACAUCAUCGGGCCCUCAGUCGACGACAAUGUGGCCAGCUGCAGGACAAGGUGAAGGUGAAGAAGAGAGGAGCUUGAAUGGGAGUGGUACCGGUAGCCACCGAGAGCACCACCCCACGGAAAGCACGUCACCGGCCCCUAAAAAAACGACAUCAAACGCCCCCGCGGAGGCCAGUCCCAACACCAGUGGCGCCGACUCUAGCCAGUGCCAGCCUCACUCCCAGGGCGACGAUCAGGGCCUCGCUGGUGCUCAGCGACGGGAUGGACCCCUGGCUUUGCCGCCGCUGCCCGAGGGCCACGAGACGUCGUCUGCUGCUGGCGGGACCUCCGCGGGAGGAAGAGGAGGAGGAGACAACAACAACAACAACAACAACAACAACAACGGCGUCAGCAGCAGAAGCAGCAGCAGCAGCAGCAGCAGCAGCAGCGGAAGCAACACCAUCACGCUCGACAUGAGCAGAGGCGACGCCUCGACCAAGCUGGACCAUCUGGGCCCCCUGGUCGUCAACCAGGACGGCACCAUGUCGCGAAUCAGCAACUGGGGCGAGAUGACGGAAAUUGAGAGGCGUAACACGGUGAGGAUCUUGAGUAAGAGGAACCAGCUUCGUCUUGCUGGUCUCAGGGGGGAGAAGGAGAAGAACGGGGCCGAGGCUGGAAAGUAA